AUGUCUGGAGUGAGGACGCGAGCGCAGAAAAGACGGAUUGGGGAGAGAGAUGUGUGGAGUUUGAUCGUGAAUGACGACGAUAUUUGUUUCAAACACAUUCUUCCGAGAUUGAAUUCGAAUGAUGUGAAAUUCUUGUACGGAGUGAAUAGUGAAACGAGAAAGUUGAUUAAGAGAUCGUCUCGCAAGGGGGAGUUGAAAAAGAAGUUGAGAGUGGAGGAGAUGUCAUCGAUAUCGACUUUGGAGUUUGCGUGGGAGAAUCGAUCGUUGUGGCCGAGACACUGGCGCAAAGACGAAACAACUUUCUGCUGGAAAGUUGCUGAAACGAAUACACUCGAGUUGCUCAAGUGGGCGCGAGAGGAGAAAAAGUGUGAGUGGGAUGAAUGGACGAUUGAUGCGGGCGCAUGUCAAGGUAAUCUGGAAAUGGUAAAGUAUUGCGUUGCAAAUGAGUGUCCUAUCGAUGAGAGUGCGUGUGCAAGUGCUGCCUCAGGAGGUAAUCUCGAGUGCCUCAAAUACUUACGCGAAGAAGUCAAAGCGCCUUGGUAUUCGGAAACUGCCAAUUGGGCGGCUUUAAAUGGUCAUCUUCACAUACUCGAAUAUCUUGUUGAGCGUAAGUAUGAUCAAUUUUGCGAAGAUGCGUGUGCAUAUGCAGCCGAAAAGGGCCACUUAGACUGUUUGAAGUACUUGCGCGAAACCGCCAAAGUGCCGUGGGACGAAGAAGCGGUACGAGGAGCGCACGAGAACAUCGAAACCGAAUGUUUACAAUACCUCCUCGACAAUAACUGCCCAUUACCAGAUGGUUGGCAAUACGAAGACGGAGUGUUACACGUCGCAGAAGACUCAGAAACAGAGGAAGAAAACUGA